GGAUCAGAUUGGGAUUUUGGAUUUACAUCAGCGCAAUAAAUGGAAAAUGCAUGGACGCAGUGCUGCGAUUAAUGGAGUUUACAUCUUUGAGUAACUUCUAGUACAGGACGAUCAGGAUGAAAAGAUGGCGACCAUGCUCUUGCCAGCGGGUCCUGAUGGCUUGCGACCGUACACUCGAGAGUCUCUGGCGGCCAUCGAGCAGAGGAUCAGCGAAGAGCGGACCGAGAACACGAAGGAUAACAAGACGGAUCCGGGGAACACAGAGGAGCCCAAACCCCGCGCUGACCUGGAGGCCGGGAAAGUGCUGCCUCGUAUCUUUGGUGACAUCCCCGCAGGACUGGUCGGAGUCCCACUGGAGGACAUCGACCCUUUCUACUUCAAAAAUCAGAGGACCUUUAUAGUACUAAACAAGGGAAAAGCCAUCUUCCGCUUCAGUGCCACAUCUGCGCUCUACAUAUUCACUCCAUUUGACUGCAUCAGAAGAAUCGCCAUAAGAAUCCUAGUCCAUUCUUUGUUUAGCUUGUUCAUCAUGUGCACAAUUUUGACAAACUGUUGCUUUAUGGCCAUGUCAGAUCCUCCGCUGUGGACCAAAUACCUAGAGUAUACAUUCACUGGCAUUUACACCUUUGAGUCUCUAAUAAAGAUCUUGGCCAGAGGGUUUUGCGUAGAGCCCUUCACCUUCCUCCGAGACCCAUGGAACUGGCUGGAUUUCAGCGUUAUCUCCAUGGCGUAUGUGACUGAGUUUGUGGACCUUGGCAAUGUAUCAGCAUUAAGGACAUUCAGAGUUCUACGUGCUUUAAAAACUAUAUCAGUGAUCCCAGGUUUAAAGACCAUUGUCAGUGCUCUCAUCCAGUCGGUUAAAAAGCUAGCGGACGUGAUGAUCCUCUCUGUUUUCUGUCUCAGUGUCUUCGCUCUGAUUGGUCUACAGCUCUUUAUGGGAAUCCUACGACAGAAGUGUGUCCGUAGCCCCGCCCUCUGCAUUAACUCCACCUACCCUGGCAACGGGAGCUUCGUUUGUAACAACAAGACCUGGCUCUCCAUCAAGGACUUCUUAACUAACGAAGACAAUUUCUACAAAAUUGAAGGAUCCAAGGAUGCCUUAAUAUGCGGAUACAGCAGUGAUGCUGGGAAGUGCCCUGAUGGAUUUGACUGUUUAAAAACAGGCCGGAACCCAAACUAUGGCUACACGAGCUUUGACACCUUUGGCUGGGCUUUCCUGGCUCUCUUCAGACUGAUGACACAAGACUACUGGGAAAACCUUUACCAUCAGACUUUACGGUCAGCAGGGAAGACCUACAUGAUUUUCUUUGUGUUGGUGAUAUUUCUGGGUUCGUUCUACCUGGUGAACUUGAUCCUGGCUGUCGUGGCCAUGGCAUAUGAAGAGCAAAACCAAGCCACCAUCGCAGAGGCCUGGGCAAAAGAAAGAGAGUUUCAGCUGGCGAUGGAACACCUGCGCAAGGAACAGAGAGCAUUAGCAAAACAGCGCAGAAAGGAGGCUGAGAUGGCCCUGAAUGCAGAUUUAUCUCCGUCACCUUUCUUACGGAAAGACUCUGUGAAAUGCCGAAGUAGAACGAGAUCCCACCAAACGCUUUCAGAGGAGAUGGAGGACAACUUUUUUCCAAAAUUUGACCCAUUUGAUGAAAAACCAGCUCACCCUCUCCUAGCCACUCUCUCCUCCCAUCCUCUGAGCACCCGUCGAGGAAGCCAGCUCAGUACCUUUAACUUCCGGCCACGCAACAGUUCAGAGGCUGACUUUGCAGAUGACGAACACAGCAUCCACGGUGAUGGGCGGAGCCGAGCGGGUUCCAUGGCGACACCGUGGAACAAGCGUCGUAUGGGCAGCAUCAAGAGUCACUCGUCGCAGGUGUUCAUGCCCAGCCUCACCCAUAACGGCAGACUUUCCCUGGACCAGAACGGCAUCACCAGCAUCGGCCCGCACACCCUGACCUCUGUUCCAGCGUUCAGCAUGGAGAAGGUCAGGGAGGACACGGAGCCAGUGUUUCAGAAUGAGCAGAGCUCUCCAGCUGCCAAGCUGACCGUCGACUUACAGGAGGAAGUCCCGCCCCCUCGCAGGAAGAGAGGACUGAGCUCUGUCAGCUUCUUCAGUGACGCUAUAGAGGAACUAGAAGAGGCCAAUCAGAAAUGUCCUCCAUGCUGGUAUGAAUUUGCGAAGAAGUACCUGAUUUGGACAUGUUCUCCUGCCUGGCUGAGAGUGAAGGAAGGGCUUAAAGUCAUGGUGAUGGACCCUUUCCUAGACCUUGCAAUCACCAUUUGUAUUGUUCUGAACACAUUGUUCAUGGCGCUGGAGCACUACCCCAUGACUGAUGAAUUCAACAGCAUGCUGAGUGUUGGAAACCUGGUGUUCACUGGAAUCUUCACGGCAGAGAUGGUGUUGAAGAUCUUUGCUCUGGAUCCAUACUAUUACUUUCAGCAAGGCUGGAACAUCUUUGAUGGAAUUAUUGUUUGUUUGAGUCUGAUGGAGUUGGGGCUUUCCAACGUGGAGGGUCUAUCUGUCCUCCGCUCGUUCAGACUGCUGAGAGUUUUUAAACUUGCAAAGUCAUGGCCCACCCUCAACACACUGAUAAAGAUCAUCGGUAACUCUGUGGGUGCCUUGGGAAACCUGACUCUGGUCUUGGCCAUCAUCGUCUUCAUCUUCGCUGUGGUGGGCAUGCAGCUGUUUGGAAAGAACUAUCAGGACUGUGUGUGUAAGAUCAGCUACGACUGCAUGCUUCCUCGCUGGCACAUGAAGGAUUUCUUCCACUCGUUCCUCAUCGUGUUCAGGGUCUUGUGCGGAGAGUGGAUCGAGACCAUGUGGGACUGUAUGGAGGUGGCCGGACAGCCGCUUUGCAUUCUGGUCUUCAUGCUGGUCAUGGUCAUAGGAAACCUAGUGGUGUUGAAUCUGUUUCUGGCCCUGUUGCUGAGCUCUUUCAGCUCUGAUAACCUGUCAGCACCCGAUGAUGACGGAGAAAUGAACAACCUUCAGAUAGCCAUCAGUCGAAUCCACUUUGGUUUCUCUUGGCUGCUGGAUGCCAUCAAAGAUCUCUUCAAUGGGAACUUGGCACGGCACAGACAGAAGGCCAAAGAGGUGCAGGUGUCAAUGAAAGAGAACCACACUGAGUGCAACGGCGGCGUGGGAAGUUUAGAGCGGCAUGGAGGGAAGUACAUUACUCCAGAAGGAGAGGACAGUUACAUGACCAAUCCCAACCUCACCAUCUGUGUCCCCAUUGCGCCAGGAGAGUCAGAUGUGGAAUUCACUGAGGAGGACGAGGAUGAGGAGACAGAGUCAUCAGAGGAUGAAGAUCAAAAACCGGAAGUCGUCAGCCUCUCUGAAGGAAGUACUGUGGACUUGAGGAAGCCUGGGGAAGAUGAGGAGGAAUAUUCGGAGAUGGCAGAUGAUGGCAUGGAUCCAGAAGAGUGUUUCCCUGAGUUCUGUAUACAGCGCUGUAAGUGUUGCAAUAUCAACACGACGAGAGGUCUUGGUCAAGCAUGGUGGAGGUUGAGGAAGACGUGCUAUCAGAUAGUUGAACACAGCUGGUUUGAGACCUUCAUCAUCUUCAUGAUCCUCCUCAGCAGUGGAGCUCUGGCAUUUGAAGACAUUUACAUUGAACAGAGGAAGGUGGUGAAGGUGGUGUUGGAAUAUGCUGAUAAGGUGUUCAGCUACAUCUUCGUGCUGGAGAUGUUUCUGAAGUGGAUCGCGUAUGGCUUUAAGAAAUACUUCACUAACUACUGGUGCUGGCUGGACUUCCUGAUUGUGGAUGUGUCUUUGAUUAGCUUGGUUGCUAACUCUCUUGGCUACUCAGACUUUGGGGCCAUUAAAUCUCUGAGGACUCUCAGAGCUCUGAGGCCCUUGAGGGCCCUGUCUAGAUUCGAAGGCAUGCGGGUGGUGGUGAAUGCACUGAUCGGGGCCAUCCCAUCCAUCAUGAACGUACUGCUGGUGUGCCUGAUCUUCUGGCUCAUAUUUAGCAUCAUGGGUGUAAAUCUCUUCGCUGGAAAAUUUGGGAAAUGUGUCAACAGGACAGGAUACAUUCACAGCUUAACCCUAGUCAACAACAAGAGUGACUGCCAGGCCAUGAAUGACACCCAGUUCUACUGGACCAAAGUGAAAGUCAACUUUGACAAUGUGGGUCUUGGAUACCUCUCACUUCUGCAGGUGGCAACAUUCAAAGGCUGGAUGGAAGUCAUGUACGCUGCUGUCGAUUCCCGUGGAGUUGAGGAGCAGCCCGUCAAAGAGAUAAACCUCUACAUGUACCUCUACUUCGUCAUUUUCAUUAUCUUUGGAUCCUUCUUUACCUUAAAUCUGUUCAUCGGUGUCAUCAUCGAUAACUUCAAUCAACAGAAAAGAAUGAUAGGUGGUCAGGAUAUAUUCAUGACUGAAGAGCAGAAAAAGUACUACAAUGCAAUGAAGAAACUCGGAUCGAAAAAGCCACAGAAACCAAUUCCAAGACCAGUGAACAUUUUACAAGGAUUCUUCUUCGACUUGGUGUCCAAGCAAGCCUUUGACAUCACUAUCAUGAUGCUCAUUAUUCUCAACAUGAUAACCAUGAUGGUCGAGACCGAUGAACAAUCUGCUCGCCAAGAGACUAUCCUCAAUAACAUCAACCUGGCCUUCAUUGUCAUCUUUACCACCGAAUGCCUCAUCAAGAUAUUUGCCCUCCGCUGCUAUUUCUUCACCAUUAGUUGGAACAUAUUUGACUUUGUAGUCGUUAUUCUGUCCAUCGUUGGAAUUGUCCUCGCUGACAUAAUAGAAAAAUACUUUGUGUCCCCAACUCUGUUUCGAGUGAUCCGGUUGGCAAGAAUAGGACGAGUUCUCAGACUAAUACGAGCAGCUAAAGGAAUAAGGACGUUACUUUUUGCCUUAAUGAUGUCGCUGCCGGCAUUGUUCAACAUCGGUCUCCUGCUCUUCCUGGUCAUGUUCAUCUAUGCCAUUUUUGGCAUGGCAAACUUCGCCUAUGUAAAGAAGCAGGGUGGGAUUGACGACAUGUUCAACUUUGAAACCUUCGGGAACAGUAUGAUCUGCCUUUUCCAGAUCACAACAUCGGCUGGCUGGGAUAACCUACUGGAUCCCAUUCUCAACAACUCUCCGGAAGAAUGUAGCUCGAGUUACAUCAACACCGGAACCAAUACCAAGGGCAAUUGCGGCAACCCAUCGGUAGGGAUUGCUUUCUUCGUCAGCUACAUCAUCAUUUCCUUCUUGAUCGUGGUCAACAUGUACAUCGCCAUCAUUCUGGAGAACUUCAGCGUGGCCACCGAAGAGAGCUCUGAACCUCUGAGCGAGGACGACUUUGAGAUGUUCUACGAGGUUUGGGAGAAGUUUGACGCUGAAGCCACGCACUUCAUUGAGUACUCAAAACUCUCGAGUUUCGCAGACAGUCUUUCAGAACCUCUGAGGAUCGCCAAACCCAACAAAAUCAAACUCAUCAACAUGGAUCUACCUAUGGUCAGUGGCGACAGGAUCCACUGCCUGGACAUCCUGUUCGCCUUCACCAAGAGGGUCCUCGGGGAGACAGGAGAAAUGGACGCUUUGAAGCAGCAAAUGGAGGAAAAGUUCAUGAUGGCAAACCCUUCCAAGUUAUCCCAUGAGCCCAUCACCACCACGCUGCGGCGCAAGCAGGAGGAGAUUUCGGCAUUCCUGAUCCAGCGCGCCUACCGGCGGCACCUGAUUAGACGGCAAAUGAAGCAGGCGUCUUACCUGUACAGGCACAUAAACCAAGACGCACACUGGCUGGAAGAGAACAGCGCUCUGGAGCGGGAAGGACUUAUAGCAUCAAUGAUUAAAGAGCUCUAUGGUCCCAAGAAGGGGCUGCUGUCCAAUGACGCUGUAACAAAGGAUCCUAGUGACCGUUUGAAGAUGUUAAAACCUGACCUGCAAUCCAGUGAGCCUCAUAAAUCAGAAGAGACAUAUGAUGAGACCUUUCUUUAGGAACUCUUUUCUAAGUAACCAAUCUUUGCUUGCUUUUUUUUUUUUUACCAUGUUUGGAUGUGUAAGUGUCCGAUCAAGAGGAAUCCAAAUGCAAAAACAAGAUUUCACUUUUAUAAUCUGUAAGAAAAUGUUUGGACAACCGGUUGUUUUUGUCACAAGAUAUGGCAUGGUAUCAUUGGAAACUGAAAAAAAUACAUGGACAUAUCAAUGCGAAAAUUUUAACUUUUCAGGUAGAGAAUAUAUUUGAGCUCAGAUUUGUUGCACAUAUCGCAACUGUAAUAUUGCACAGAUGUUAUUUUGGUUGUUUGCUAUAAAGCUUAACAGCCACAUGUUGUUUUCCCCAGAGUUUUUCAUUUUUCAGGAUUAAGUGAGAAAUGUUAUCACUAUCACAAUGGUACCACAAAAAGCCCCUAAAUGCAGUUGGAUUGACUACAGUGGAAAUUUCCUCUUACAAAGUGAAUAAUCUUGCAUUUUUAUCAGCGCUUGAGGAACUUUUGUUUUCUUGUUGAGCACAAGUAGGAAACUGUGUUUUAAAAUGGUUUAAUGGACUACUUAAGUAAAUACAUGUAUACAUAUUCCUGAUUUUGUUAUGCACAAGUAGUGCGUUAUUCCAAAGAAAGAAUCUAUGUAAUCUUUCAUCAAAAUGAAACUACUUUCCUGGCUGAUGUUAUGUAUUUCUCAACCCAUUCUCUCCAACAGCUUAGCUCCAUUUUGACAUUCAACACCCACUUUUUAUGAUUCAAUCAAUUCCCAAUGGAUAAAAAUCCAGAAUUGCCUAAAUUAUUUUGGGUUAAAUAUCCUGUUUCACUAA